CCGAACGCCUGCACUGCAGAGCAAUUCGAGUGCAAAUCAACUGGUCUUUGUAUUCCGGCUACGUGGAAAUGUGAUGGACAAAAGGACUGCGAUGACGGGUCGGACGAGCCAGCAUUUGGUUGCCAAGCGAACACUUGUAAAGAGGAUCACUUCAAAUGCGCUAACGGGCGGUGUAUUCUUAAUUCAUGGCUCUGUGAUGGUGAAAAUGACUGUGGCGACGGCUCAGACGAAUCGGCCAUGAACGGAUGUAAAAAGUCGGAGAUAUCCAGACGUUGUCCAUUCGAGCAGGUGGCCUGCGAGGGAGCUCCGGACGUAUGCAUACCACUUACCGAGCUGUGCGAUGGUAAGGAACAAUGUCCCGGCGGUACUGACGAAGGUGGCAGGUGCGCUCGUGAUCUUUGCUCAGCGGAUCGAGCUGAUUGUGCGUACAAGUGUCAUAACAGCCCCAACGGACCACUUUGCAGUUGUCCUUUCGGCGAACAGUUGGUGAACAAAACGAGAUGUGAGCCGGAAAACGAAUGUCUCGAUGCAAGCUCGUGCUCACAAAAGUGCACCGACGAAAAGCAUGGCUUCACUUGCAGCUGUGAGGAAGGAUACGAACUUGAUGCCGACAAACGAACAUGCAAGGUCACUGAAGGUGCUCAAGAUAUGCGUGUCUACAUCUCUAAUCGAAAUAGGAUCUAUUGGAGUGACAGUCACUUGGAUAAUUGGCGAACAUUCGCUGCUAAUGUGGAGAACGCCAUCGCUAUCGCUUGGGACAGUGUUACAGACAGGAUUUUCUGGUCCGAUAUCCGCGAGAAAAAGAUCUUCUCUGCCACACGAAAUGGCACAAAUGUGACGACAUUCAUUGGAGACGGUUUGGACAUCACUGAAGGCAUCGCUCUCGACUGGAUCGGUCGAAAUCUGUACUGGGUGGAUUCGAGUCUCAACACCAUUGAGGCAGCAAAUCUCGAGAAUCCCUCAGGCCGUGUCUUCUGUUCAUGGAAAACAUCACCAACGGUCGUGGGAAUCGCAGUAGCAUGUCCACGGGAAAGGACUGAUGUUUCUGGGACCGUGACGUGGGGAUCAGGUAAUGGUUGCAAGACGUGGCCGAUUCGAUGGUGA